AUGACCAUCCACGCCGAGGGUCUCGUGGCUAUCGUGGUCUUUUACGUCCUGAUCCUGUUCGUGGGGAUCUGGGCCGCGUGGAAGAAUAAAAACUCCGGAGUUGGCGAAAGCGGAGACCGGAGCGAGAGUAUCAUGGUCGGGGGAAGAGACAUCGGGUUGUUCGUUGGUGGAUUCACAAUGACCGCCACUUGGGUGGGUGGUGGCUACAUCAAUGGGACAGCAGAGUAUGUCUACCUGCCAGACUACGGCCUGGCUUGGGCACAGGCACCGUUUGGUUAUGCUCUCAGCCUGGUAGUAGGUGGCCUUUUCUUUGCCAAACCUAUGCGAUCGCGUGGCUAUGUCACCAUGCUGGAUCCCUUCCAGCAGCUUUAUGGAAAAAGGAUGGGGGGGCUGCUCUUCAUCCCUGCUCUCAUGGGAGAAAUCUUCUGGUCUGCAGCCAUUUUAUCUGCAUUGGGUGCCACUCUGAGCGUGAUCGUGGACAUAAACAUCAAUAUGUCUGUGGUGAUCUCAGCUCUGAUAGCUAUCUUCUACACACUUGUUGGAGGACUCUACUCUGUCGCAUACACGGAUGUGGUCCAGCUCUUCUGUAUCUUUGUGGGCUUGUGGAUCAGCGUUCCUUUUGCCCUGUCCAAUCCUGCCGUGUCAGACAUCAGCGUUUCAGCCAAGGAAGCAAUCUACCAAUCACCGUGGCUGGGGAAGAUUGAGCCCGAGGACAAAUGGCGCUGGGCGGACAACUUCUGUUUGCUGAUGUUGGGGGGGAUUCCCUGGCAGGUCUAUUUUCAACGGGUUCUUUCUGCCUCUUCAGCUACCUAUGCCCAGGUCCUUUCCUUCCUCGCCGCCUUCGGCUGCUUGGUCAUGGCCGUCCCCUCGGUCCUCAUAGGAGCUAUAGGGGCCUCCACUGACUGGAACCAAACUACUUACGGGUCCCUCCCUCCGAAGGAUAAGGAAGAAUCAGAUAUGAUUCUUCCCAUAGUGCUUCAGCACCUUUGUCCACCCUAUGUCUCCUUCUUUGGUCUCGGGGCGGUAUCAGCUGCGGUCAUGUCAUCAGCGGACUCGUCUAUUCUCUCAGCCAGCUCCAUGUUUGCCAGGAACAUUUAUCAGCUCGCCUUUCGGCAGUCGGCCUCAGAUCGUGAGAUUGUUUGGGUGAUGCGCCUCACCAUCUUUGUAUUCGGAGCUCUCGCUACUGCUAUGGCAUUGUUAACAGGAUCAGUAUAUGGCUUGUGGUACCUGAGCUCCGACCUGGUCUAUGUCAUCAUCUUUCCCCAACUUCUCAGUGUGUUAUUCGUCAAGGGCACCAAUACUUAUGGCUCUGUGGCUGGCUAUGUCUUUGGUCUUUUGUUGCGCAUUGGUGGAGGGGAGCCCUACCUCAAACUCCCUCCCUUCAUCUACUACCCCGGGUGGGUGAUCCAGGAGAAGGUCCACCACCUCACUGGUGACAAGGAGUACUUUGUCCAGCAGAGGUUCCCGUUCAAGUCUGUGUCCAUGGUGGCAUCCUUCUUGGCAAAUGUGUCCUUUUCAUACCUGACAAAGUACCUAUUUGAAAGUGGUAUGAUGUCACACAAGUACGACUUCCUGGAUGCUGUGGUAUCCAAGCACAGCAAGGAGAUCAUGGACAAGGCUACACUGGUGAGCAACCAUGAUAACAUCAUUCUUUCAGAGAUGGCGCCUGUCAAGCAGGCCCUGGGUGCAUCACUUGCUGGAACUUUCACCAACACUGAGGUCCUCAGUGAUGAUGGGGCAUCCAGUCCAGAGGCUUUUCAUGAUGAAAACUAA